GCGGCAUGACAACCGCAGCAGGUGCAACAACAAUGGCGCCAUCCAUGACAACAGGAAGCGGCAUGACAACCGCAGCAGGUGCAACAACAAUGGCGCCAUCCAUGACAACAGGAAACGCAUGACAAGCACACCAGCUGCAACAGGAAACGCAUGACAAGCACACCAGCUGCAACAGGAAACGCCAUGACAAGCACACCAGCUGCAACAGGAAACGCCAUGACAAGCACACCAGCUGCAACAGGAAACGCCAUGACAAGCACACCAGCUGCAACAGGAAACGCCAUGACAAGCGCACCAGGUGCAACAACAACGGCGCCAUCCAUGACAACAGUAGCAGCCCAACUAACGCCCAACAAUAACGUGUCACCGCUUGCGACAUCUUUCAACAGAAGUGGCUGUGGAAGUGAAAAACUCUGUGCGGCCGAGCCCUCUACGUGCGACCCCUCUGCUACAGGAUCAUGUUUCUUUCUCGGUGCGCGGAGGAGUGGCGGUCAAAACUUUGAGCUUGAGCUCUCAGGAGAGUCAUCAGGCUAUGUUGCAGCAGUCCUGUCGCCUGACACCUCACUGGGGGGAAACGACACAACCUAUGUUUGUGCAAAUAACAACGGUAAUGUAAAAUUCUUCGGCGCCAACCUCAACAACGGCCAGCUUACAGAGACUACGGUCAACGCAAACAAUGUGAAAGGAAGCAUUAAUGGAAAUAUAAUCCGGUGCACAUUUGAUGCCACUGUAUCAACCACACAACAAAGAGCAUCAACUGUAACACUUGGAAUACUCACAGGAUCUUUUGACAGCACUUCUGGUGCUGUUGGAACCCCAAGCACCCAAUUGAGGAGCAAUCCUGUUGACCUGGGAAAUCCCAAUGCCACAGUCACAAAUGCGAAUUCACCCGACACCACCACCGCUACCAUUACCACUGCUAGCCAUGCCAUUACACUCCAGCAAUCACUCACGCAAGCUCUGCUGAUCACUGUGAGUGUGCUCUGUCUGGCCGUGCUCUGAGGAAAGCCAUGUCAAGACAACAAUUACCCACCUAAUCAUAUAAAAAAAUGCUAAUGCUACAUAUAAACUGUUAAAAAUCUCCCUGGAAUCCCAAAUAUAUUUGCAUGAUGCUUCAUUCUGUGUCAACUCACUGCAGGAGAAAGAAGAAAAAGUUGAAAGGUUGUCACUUUUAGAUAGCCUUCUGACUGCUUUCACAUCUUUUACGGGCUCUAAAACAGGUUCUUAGACUUUUGGAUUGUUUUUUUUGUAACUAUAGGACUGCUGGAUUUAUGUCCAACGAGUUAUAUACUGCAGAGAAAAAUGUUUGAAAAAAGCUUUGCCUUUAUUCAGGCGGCCGUCUGUUUUGAAAAGCUCUCUCUCUUCUUUGGAAAUAAUUGGGUAAAAAAAAAGAUGCUGACGCUCAGAAAAAGUAUCAUGGACACAGGGCCUUAAUCUUUGAACGGUUAGAAUCUUGCAAAAAAAAAACAACCACGAAUGCUUAUCAACCCUGGAAAAAAAAUGGAAAUCAAAUGAUGAACCAAUACCUUGUUUUCACCAGCAGAGCUCAGCAAAUACAAAUGGGGUCAAAACCUCUAAUCAAGAGCAGAGGAACUAAUGAAGAACAUUUUGUUAUCAAUUCUGUUAUUACAUAUUGACCUUCAGAAUAGGUAGGUGCACCUUUAUUAAAGACCAGAGUUAUUUUUGCUUCAUCCCAUGCUCAUCGAAGUGUUCUUGUGACACAUGCUGUACAAGACAAGAAAAGUAUGAACGUUGUCCCUCUUUCACUGUUUACGGUAAAAGAACAAACAGCACUUCUGAAAUAUGUUGAUUUUGUUAUUAUCACUAAUAUAAUAUUGUUAUUUUAUUUUUGAGAUGUGAAUGUGUAUGCUUGAACAAUGGUGAUAAUGAAGCCAUCACUGGCUGAUAUCUGAUUGUGUGUGCGUGUGUGUGUGUGCGUGUGUGUAAAUGAAGAAAAUAUACUGCAAAUGAGUUGUCGCUUAUUUAGAAUGCUAAUAUUGGUGAAACUGACUUUGCAUUAUAUUACAGUUGAGUUUGAUUUUGUACAUCAUUUUGAAAUAAAUAUGUAAUGU